AUGGCAAAUGAUCCUAUCACCAACCGUGUCAGUCUUCAAGACCAGGCCGAGAGUAAUGGAACUAGCGUUCCUACGGUCGUAACUACAAAUAAUGGUAUCACCACCGCCACUUCCUCCUCCUCUUCAACUCCUACAGUUAAUUCACAUUCACUUUUUGAACAUAAUGCUCCAUUUAUGACUACAACCGAUGAUGCUAUUACUAUCGAAAAUAACAGUAAAGUUGAAGAAGAACACAGAGAAGAAUCCAUUGAAGAAGAUGAUGGAGAUAUAUCAAACUCUGCACUUACCCUAAGAGCUUUAGUUUCUACAAAAGAAGCAGGAGUAAUUAUUGGUAAAGCCGGUAAAAAUGUUGCCGAGUUGAGGGAGAUUACAGGUGUUAAAGCCGGUGUAUCUAAAGUAGUGCAAGGUGUUCAAGACAGAGUAUUAUCUGUCGCAGGUACCCUUAAUGGUGUAGCCAAGGCAUAUUCUUUGAUCGCACAAACCCUUCUUGAGAAUCCGGUGAACGUAAGCCCUAAUUCCACGCCAAUAACCCCUUCACCGAAUGCAUUUACUUCCGUUCGUUUGCUUAUUUCUCAUAAUUUGAUGGGAACUAUCAUUGGCCGUCAAGGACUUAAAAUCAAACAUAUUCAAGAUGUUUCUGGGGCUAGGAUGGUCGCAUCAAAGGAAAUGCUUCCUCAGAGUACCGAAAGAGUUGUGGAAGUUCAGGGAACUGUCGAGGCCAUUCGUGUUGCAGUUUGGGAAAUUGGCAAGUGUCUUAUCGAAGAUAACGAACGUGGUAUUGGAACAGUCCUAUAUAAUCCCGCCAUUCGAGUAACUUCUUCAAGUUAUUCUACCACCCGCCGUAAUGAUUAUACUACCCGUACUGGCAAUGGGACUGAUUUCACUCGUCCUUCCCGCGAUUAUCAUAAUAAUAAUCGUCGUCAAUCUAACAGUAUUAACAAUUAUGAUAGUAACAGCAUUCAAACUCAAAAUAUUUCUAUUCCUGCUGAUAUGGUUGGAUGUAUUAUUGGUAAAGGCGGGUCAAAAAUUUCCGAAAUUCGCAGACUUUCAGGUUCUCGCAUUAGCAUCGCAAAGACGCCACAUGACGAAACCGGCGAGCGGAUGUUCACAAUUCAAGGAACUCCCGAAUCCAAUGAGAAAGCUCUUUACUUAUUGUAUAAUCAGCUAGAAAAUGAAAAGGACCGUCGAAUGGCAACUGCAAAUGGCGGAGAUUCCGAUGCUUAA